AUGAAGACCAAUUCACUCUCUUCCGUCGUUUUUUCAUCUUUCACCGUCGUUUUUCUCCUUUAUUCAAUACCCUUUUCCAAUGCCAUCGGCUCCGGCACCACCCUCGCCGUCGUCGACUCCACCGCCACCGUCUGCGGCAUCGUAUCAGCAAACCAAUCUCGUAACAUUGUCUGCUACCGUCACGGCCGUCUCAUCCCCGCCAUACCCGACGUCUCCUUCUCCUCAAUCGCCGGCGGGAAAAACUACUUCUGCGGCAUUAUUUCCGGUAACUACAGUAUCCUCUGUUGGGACACUGUUUCAUCAAACACAACUUUUGAAAGGAGAAGACUUUACUACAAUGGUACUGUUCUAUACGAGAAUCUCUCCGUCGGGGAUUCCCAUGUUUGUGCCACGGUUGUUAACCUCGGAACGGUGUCGUGUUGGAGAAUCAAUAAAGGUUUCGUUUUGCCAUCUGGGUAUGAUCAAUUUUCGUCGAUAACUUCUGGGUAUGGAUUCUCUUGUGGAAUUUUGAAGAGAAACAAUUCUGGGUCGGUUCGUUGUUUUGGGAAUGUGAAUGGAUCAAUAGCUGAAAAGAUAGAAAACGAGUUUAUGAAUGUUUCUAUGGUGAGUCUUGUAGCUGGUGAGUCACAUGUUUGUGGAUUGAAUUCAAAAGGGUUUUUAGUUUGUAAAGGAAGUAACAAUUUUGGUCAAAUUAAUGUUCCUAGUCAAGUUAAGCCUUUGGAGUAUUCUGAUUUAGCGCUAGGAGCUGAACAUAGUUGCGCUAUUAGAAGAUCUAAUGGUUCUGUUGUUUGUUGGGGUGGUAAAGGAUUGUUUUCUGUUAAUGCGACACAAAGAGUAUCUUUCGAGGUUAUUGUUUCAGCUUCGAAUUUUACUUGCGGAUUAACAACAAACAAUUUUUCUGUUAUUUGUUGGGGUCCUGGUUGGUUUAAUAACGGUUCGGAUUCGGUUUUUAAGCUUCCUUUGCCUCCUAUUCUACCAGGUGUUUGUGUUCAAUCAUCUUGUAGUGAAUGCGGUAUAUAUCCACAUUCUCAGUAUUUGUGUUCUAGUUUUGGUAACAUUUGUAAGGCGAAACCUUGUUGGCCUCAAAUGGAGGUUCUGGCGCCGCCAGAAGGAGAAUCACCGAUGCAGUCGGGGAUGCCGGUUUCGAGAUCGAAGACAUUGACAAAUGGUUUAUUGGCAUUUGUUAUUGUUGGAUCAAUUGGAACAUUUGCUGGUUUCUGCACUGUGGUUUAUUGUUUGUGGACUGGUGUUUGUUUUGGUAAGAAGAAAGUUCACAGCUCAGUUCAACCGACGAUAACUAGGGCUGGAAGUUUCAAUUGCGCCGCAUUUUCAAAUUUUAGUCCGCCUUCAAGAGCGUCCACUAUUAGGCGACAAAGUUCGAGGAUAAUGAGGCGUCAGAGAAGCGGAACUUCGUCGACAAGACAACCAGAUAAGUCAGAGGAGUUCACUCUUGCCGAGCUUGUUUCAGCCACCAACAGUUUCUCACCUGAGAACAAGAUUGGUGCUGGAAGCUAUGGUGUUGUUUACAAAGGUAAACUCGCUGAUGGCCGCGAGGUAGCAAUCAAAAGAGGCGAAACCGGUACGAUCACAAAGGUGUUUCAAGAGAAAGAGAGCGCAUUCGAGUCCGAAUUAGCCUUUUUGUCACGUCUGCAUCACAAGCAUUUAGUUAGGCUAGUCGGUUUCUGUGACGAGAAAGAUGAAAGGCUCUUGGUGUACGAGUUCAUGAAGAAUGGAGCAUUGUAUGAUCAUUUGCACGACAAGAAUAACGUCAACAAGAAUAGUAGUUUAUUGAAUUCUUGGAAAAUGAGGAUCAAAAUCGCAUUGGAUGCUUCGCGGGGAAUCGAGUAUCUCCAUAACUAUGCAGUUCCAUCAAUAAUUCACAGAGACAUAAAGUCAUCAAACAUUCUCAUUGAUGCGAAUUGGACGGCGCGGGUGUCUGAUUUUGGAUUAUCAUUAAUGAGCCCGGAUUCUGAUCACGACUACAUACCAACAAAAGCAGCUGGAACAGUCGGAUACAUCGAUCCCGAAUAUUACGGUCUAAAUGUAUUAACAUCAAAGAGUGAUGUAUAUGGUCUCGGAGUAGUUUUACUAGAACUACUAACAGGAAAAAGAGCUAUAUUCAAGAACGACGAAAAUGGAGGAACACCGGUGAGUAUAGUCGAUUUUGCAGUGCCUAUAAUCAUGGAAGGAGAAAUAGCGAAAAUUUUGGAUCAAAGAGUUGAACAACCAGAGAUGAAUGAAAAAGAAGCAGUGGAAUUGGUAGCAUAUACUGCAAUGCAUUGUGUGCAUUUCGAAGGAAAAGAUAGACCAACAAUGGCGGAUAUUGUAGCAAAUUUAGAACGCGCUUUCGCUCUUUGUGAUAGUAGUAGUCAUGGCAGCAUUUCAAGUGAUACAAUCUCUGUUGGAUCUGACUGA